UACAGCAGCGGUAAUGGGUGCAACCGGUUGGCGUUACAGCAGCGGUGACAGGAGCGACUACUUAGAGUUACAGCACUGAUAAGUACGAUGGCUGAAUUUACAACAGCUACAGCAGUAACGCGAAUGCGCAGUUAUCGUCAGCAAUGUAUAAAGUGAUUGAAUGCACUUCGCCACUUUUGAGUCAGGGCGGGCGUCAAGCGUCACAGGCGCGAGAAAAAAUAUAUAUAUACCUACAUAUAUGUACACAGUACACGUCAGAGUGUUUUGAUUAUGAUUUUCAGGAUUUUCAUAAUUAAGUAAGUUUGGUAUCAUGCCGUUUUGAGACAGGGCGAGUGCUUGGGUGGCGCCGACCACAACGCCACCGUGUAGCAUAUUGCCCGCGCGGACAUCCCCUUGUAUCACUUGUGCUUGUACGCAGUUACAUGGUCUUCACCUGUUUGUUGUGUUUUCGUUGCUAUUUGUGUAUAUAGUUUGUGGUUACGGUAUCGUGAUGAAAUGGCGACAGGUUCCGAACGUAUGACUUAAACUUAGGCCGUCAUAGGGGGACGGGCAGGGACCUGCCAUUACCAGAGCUCUACCAAAUGACUCCGAAUCGUCUAACCAGGCAAAUUAGUAGUUUUAGCUGUGUUAACAGGUAUGUUAACAGCUGAUGAAGCUAGAACUCUAUCACGUGAUGUUGCACAAAGCCGUAUGGGGCAAGCGCGCUUCAGGUGUUCCAACUUUUUUUUUAGUUCAGUGUUAUAAGCAGCUGUGGCUAUGGGCGGCUGACAGAUGUGGACGGAUGCAGACAGGACAGUAGCAAGGAGUGGGGGAGUCAGGUGUUUCAAGGCUUUGCAUUUUUUUGGGCAGAGCAGUUACUUAGAGCAUUGACAGCUCCGAUGGCUGAAGUUACCACGGUUACAACAGUAACACAAAUGAAGGGUUGAUGUUACAAUUGUGGUCACUUCAGUCGCAACUGAACAAGGCAGUCGCCAUACUUUAUGCCGCUUUGGAGCCAAUUAGGGUUUACUGCCUGAUAAUCCUCCUAGCUAGCCUUUGUGGCAACAAGCAAAAUGCACACCAUACUUUCCACACACACACAGUAUAGAAGAGGUGCCCUUUUUUUCACACUCUUAUGGCAUGUAGUGAUUAGUACGUGUGACUUAUGUACUGAGGACCCAUUCUACAUGAAAUAAACUUCAGAGACAGAAUGGGCAAUGCAUUUACUCUUCAAGCCUACCAGGGAAGACAUUGGCAAAGCCUGCCCACCAAUGUAGGGAACAAUUUUAUUGCACUGACAUCUUAUUGCACAAUCACAUAUCAACAUGCAGCAGAAACAGAUGAACACAAUUUAUUUCCUGCAGCAUGUUUCGCAAAACCAUGGCGCUUCAGCAGAGAGUCUUGCUCUGGAUACUCGUGCGCAAACUACAUCAAACCAAUGUAAGCAGGAGUCACAUGAAAUGGAAUCUGCAUCUAAGGUUUCUCUGCACAAGUUGCAUUUCCACACCAUGUUGGUCUUCUUGGUGCUUAUAAGAUUGCACACUGCUGCCCAACCGUCAGCUGUAAAGUAUCCGGAAAUCACAUUCAGAUCAACAGCCUCGUCAAGGGCAGCUUCCGAGACUCGGCUUGGGAAUACUUCAACAUCAUCUUCCUCUGCAAGGAUGGGAAAUGGGAGAUGUGAAUGCUAUCUCCUGAGAGCCAGAACAAUUUGGCAACAAAUUAUACAGUCAUGCUCACCUAUUAAGGUAUUUCUCAACAGUACAUCCUCUGCUUUAGACUUUGAGACAAACCACUCGAGCAUCUUGAGUUGCCGUGUUCUUAAUGGUAGCUCAAAAAACUUGACUAGGCCAGGCUUCUUGGUCCUUGCAUGGUGGCCUCUCGAACUCAUUUCGUAGCCUUCAAUACUCUCUGCACUUGUAGAUUGCUCCUGUGGCACACCAUGCAAUACAGGAGUCGGAGCUUUGCUGCCAAGGCGACGGCGUUUUGCUGGUACCCCAAUGACUGUUUUCGAGGCUCCUUUUGGUCGGCCGCGAACUCUUAUCCGUGAUGGCAUUUUUAUUGCAUUAAGUGUGUCAGCAGAAGCUGUCACGCUUGGGAGCUCACAAAGCACGUCUGUGGCUGCAACCUCCAUCGGCCUAGUGGGAGAUAAAUUCAUUAAGCACUAUUCACGUCAAAUUGCAAGCACAACUCAUAGGAACAGGGGUUUACCUUGCAAUUUCUGCAUGAAGUAGUGGUGUGAGGGAGGAGGCAGAAGCUGCUGGUGCUGCUUGGAGCUCGCAGGGCCUAGUGGGAGAAAGAUUCAUUAAGCACUAUUCACGUCAAAUUGCAAGCACAACUCAUAGGAACAGGGGUUUACCUUGCAAUUUCUGCAUGAAGUAGUGGUGUGAGGGAGGAGGCAGAAGCUGCUGGUGCUGCUUGGAGCUCGCAGGGCCUAGUGGGAGAAAGAUUCAUUAAGCACUAUUCACGUCAAAUUGCAAGCACAACUCAUAGGAACAGGGGUUUACCUUGCAAUUUCUGCAUGAAGUAGUGGUGUGAGGGAGGAGGCAGAAGCUGCUGGUGCUGCUUGGAGCUCGCAGGGCCUAGUGGGAGAAAGAUUCAUUAAGCACUAUUCACGUCAAAUUGCAAGCACAACUCAUAGGAACAGAGGUUUACCUUGCAAUUUCUGCAUGAAGGAACGGUGUCAGGGAGGAGGCAGUUGCUUGAGGAGGGGAGGCGGUUGCUGUAGAGAGUGGUUCUUCUGUAACAAUGCUGCAUGGCCUGAAGUAGAAAGCAAAGCAUGUUGUAGCAAUUACCUAUGCAACAGCCUAUAACGUACACUUUUAGCACGGAUGAGGAAUGAUGUAGUAGAAGGCAUAUUGCUGAUACACUAGAAGGCAUGUUGCUGAUAAAGACUGCAGCGUGCACGUAUAUUUGAAGUUGAGUAGGAUGCUAAAUGUCCUCCAUGGCACACACCAUUUAGACAUGCUGGGUACUUCCAUGAGGGUGAGAUACCUGUGUGAUGCUUCUGGUAUACGUUCAUCCACAUUCUCUGGCUGAACUGGUAGACUCACUGUGUGUCCUCUUUCCCAUGCAUUAAUUAUGGACACAAGCAAGGAAAGACGAUCCAGGAAAUUCUGCCCAGUUUCUUCGGAGGCCAGUUCAGCAAGGCGCUUGCAGUAUGGAAAAGUCCUGCGAUACUUUUCGUGCUGUGCCAUUGGUCGUUUCCUUGACACAAUUUCCGAGCAUGUGACUGCUGGGAUUCCUGUUUCUUCAGUUUGGGUCGAUGCCUGACCAGGUUGCCUAAACUCUUCGUUGUAGUACUGUCGGGUCCACCUCUUGUCCACGAUGUGUUCGGAAAAUGGGUUCAUGGUCUGUUCACGCCGCACCGCAAAAAUGUGACGACAGGGAAGGUGCAUAGAGAGGAACUCUGUGCACUGGCAUUCCUCACAUGUGACAGUGAGAGUUGAACCUGCACUACUUCUGUAGAUGUAUGUAGUACCAUCAACUGCUUCUGGUAGUCGCACAAGCUUGGAGAGUUCGUACUGCUUCUGCACAUGUCGAAACGCGUAGGGCGUCAGCCUGCUAUAGUAUAGCUGAAGAGGGGCAUCCCAAUCAGCGAAGUCAGUUGGAGUCUUCGAGAGUGCAUAGUAGUAGCUAUGCCUGUGCUCUUCUCUCAGCACGCCCAGCAAAUUGAAGAGCUGAAUGAAGAAGUCCUUUAAGGAGUUCUUGGUCCCCAUUAUAUUUUUCAGCUGCCCAUUAAAUCGUUCGAGCCUGUUGUUUGUGGUAUUGCUAAAUGAUCCUUCCAUGAACUGGGGUCCCGUAUACCACUCAUACUUAGUUGUCUUCCAGUUCUUCUCGUAGUAUUGGAUCACGUUAGGUGGUGCAAGUUCAUACAGCUUUCCUUCAAGUUCAUCGAACUUCUCUUCGGCUCUUGCCAUAACCAUACCCUGCAACACCUGCAAAAUCUUCUCUCUUAAAUUACUGGAAAUAUUCAUCUUUUGUGUAGUGAUCUCCCGGUUGAAGGUCCGCAGCGUAUGGUAAGCGCACACUAGGAUGUUAGCCUCAGGGAAGUGCUCUUUAAGUAGCUGACGCUCCAACAAGUCUUUAUCGGCCAUAACACAACCAAUUUGUGAUGCAGCUGGGUGGAGUUCCUUGAACUUGGACAGCAGCCAGUCUAGCGUCUCAGCAUCUUCGUGCACGACCAGGGCGAUGCAUACUGUCUCUGUACUUCCAUUCCCAUCAACGUUGUGGAUUACGAAUACAGGCGUCCGAAUGUCAAGAAGCUUGUAAGUUCCAUCAAUUCCAAUGUACUCUGGGUAGCGGCGCAUUGAUUGCUUCAUUUCUUGAGUACAGAUCAGCAGCCCUCGGAACUCUCCACUGCUUGUUAAGACAUGGCAGUCAGACCCUUAGAAGAGAGCAGAUUAUGAGAUGUGGAACAAUGAGGCAAAAAGGCACAUGUGAAUAAGCACCACUUUGUGAUUUAGUAUACGCACUGUAUGUGGAUUGAAGGUAGUCCACAGUCGUCUUCAGGUCGUGUCUCUUUGGGUCCUUGUUCAUUGUCACUAUAUUGGAUAAAUCCUUUGAAAGUACUAUCUGGCCUGUCUGCUCUUGAAGGGCCCGUGCAACACGCUUCUUGUUGCAGCCCAGCUGAAGGAGCCUUUUGGUGUCCUUUUGCGCCUCGAUGGUGAGCUUUCGAUUGUGGGGGAGGUGCAAAAACAUCUCCUGAAACAGUGUUGAAAAUGAACAUAUUUAUGUGCGCACUUUAGAGUCACAAUCUUCGAUCUUCACCUCUGACAUAUCGUGUUUGCUAUGCUCAUCUGCCAUGUCCACAACCUCUAUAGACUCUCCGUCAGUCGACACGCGACAGUCAAUCCGGAACGGGCAGUCCUUGACAUAUGUGCUGAAAUUAGAAAAAAUAAACCACACACAAGCCUUCAAACAUGUUCAUUGAAUGCAGAAUCGAGGCAAGCGUGACCAUACCUUGUCUUCCGAACUCCCUUUCCACGGUUUUUGUGCGUCCUGCCACCGUGUAUGCAGCAGUACUUUAUUUCGUACACGGAGAUGUUUUCGUUGACAUGACGCUUGAGACCUUUCGUCCUACGGGCCGUCACAACUGACACGGAGCUCCGCGUAUACAGCUGGGUAAACGAUUCCUUGCAAUAGGACUUAAUACGUUCUUCCAGCUCCUCAAACGUUCGGAACCUGUCGCCAAGUUUCAUCACGACACCUUAACCACAAACCACACAAAAAGCAACAAAAACACAAUAAACAGGUGAAGAGCACGUGGUAACUGUGUAGUGCGUACACGGGAGGACCGUGGCGGUGGUGGUGGGUGGUGGCACCUGUCGGCGCUGUAGUCAGCGCCGCCUAUGGCGCCGGCCGAACGCCCGCCUUGUCUCAAAAAAGCACAUGAUUCGAAGACACCGAACGAACUUACUUACAUUAUCAAAAUCGUGAUCAAGACUUUCUUUUUCCUUUCACGCCUGUAACGCUUGACGUCUUCCCUGACUCAAAAGUGACGAAGUGCAUUCACUCAGCUUUAUAUUUACUCUCGGCCUAACUACUCAUCGGCCAUCGGAUUUAUCGGUGCCAUAACUUGACUACCGCUGCUGUAACGCCAAGCGGCCGUUCCAGUUCCAGUUACCGCUGCUGUAGCCCUAACCGGCUGUUGCCGUUACCGCUGCUGUAACGCCAACCGGUGGCACCCGUUACCGCUGCUGUAACCCUAACUGGCUGUUGCCGUUACCGCUGCUGUAACUCCAACCGGUGGCUCCCGUUACCGCUGCUGUAACGCUAGCCACAACGAAAUGUUAAAUGUAACUGCGUAACUUUCCCAAAAUGCGAAGGGAUACAGUAGAUGUUACGAUCGUCGUGCCUCUUCACAACGGAGAACCAUGGAUAGACGAGUGCUUGUCGUCUGUAAUUGCACAAGAUUUCCAAGGAUCGUUAGAGUUGUCAAUUUACAACGAUUCAAGCACCGACAGAUCACUUGAACUUGUAGAGAAAUGGAGAACAUCGCUGGAGCAAAGAAAGAUCGUAUUGACACUUUCGUCCGGGGAUGCCUGUACCGGCCCCAAAGGAGUUGGAGCAGCCAAGAAUAGGGCUGUUCACCAGAGCUGUGGAAGAUACCUCUGUUUUCUAGACAUAGAUGACAUAAUGGGUCCCGAACGCAUUAGCAGCCAGUACACUACAGCGAUUCGUAGCCCUUCGAACACGAUCGUAGGCAGCAAGUUUAAUCGAAUCCCCGAGGGGUCUACAGAAAGGUAUACGGUGUGGGCGAACAAUCUGGAACAAGACAAACUUGAUGUUCAAAUUUUUACGUCCCACGGUCCAACUAUCAUCAUGCCCACGUGGUUUUGCGAUCGAGCCGUCUUCGAAGCUGUUGGCGGGUUUGACGAGCGUGGAAAAGGUAUUCCAGAAGAUCUAAUCUUCUUUUACAAACACCUGGACCUUGGAGGAAAACUUUUGCGAGUCGAUCGGGUUCUCCUGACCUACCGCUACCAUCAACAAGCUGCAACAUUUUCUGUGUUAGAGUCGACGAUAUGGGACGUUCGACUCGACAGGAUGCAAAGAGAUUUUCUGUCACGGUGGACGACGUUUACCAUUUGGAAUGCUGGGAAACAAGGAAGGAGGUUUUAUCGCGCUCUUUGCAAGGAAAGCCGUAAAAAGGUGGUGGCAUUCUGCGACGUCGAUGAAAAGAAGAUCGCUAAAAAGGUGUACAUCCACGAAGAGUCAGAGGAAGUCCCAAGGCCUAGAGUGCCCAUCAUACAUUUUUUGCAAGCAACGGCACCACUAGUGAUCUGCAUGAAACUGGACCUGACAGGUGGAGGAUUUGAAAGGAACCUGUCUCUCAUGAACUUGGAAGAAGGCAAAGAUUAUAUACUGUUUUCAUGAUGGUGUAGCAAUGAAAUAAAACAUUUUUACGUAAAAGUAACUGCA